AUGUCGCUCUCUGCACUGGUGCUGCUGCUGCUGCUCGUCUGUAGUGUCCAGGCUAAUUUUUAUGGUAUAGUGGUGAACUACUACCCAAGUGGCAAUAAUUCAACAGGAUCUUCCACUGGCAUCCUUUAUUACAAGUUGGGCUACAGCUCCUGCUUGUACAGUGUGCCCUACUACAUCAACGGUCAGCCACUUGUGCUACAAAAGGUCGAUGAGCCGAUAAGUAGAGAGUGGUGCCAAACUGAAGGAGUCAUCUCUCAGUAUUUUUCCAGCAACUCUAUGUUUUCAAUUCCGGCCUCUGGCAUAGACUGGAUUUUUGGCAUCAAAAAUGGCAUCGUAUCAUUUAAAAUUCAGGCUCUGGUGGAACUGAGGAUCCGCUCUGACAUCGGCAAAGCCAACACAUCACCACAGACCACUAUCAUACCAGCUAUCAGAGUUCCAUCAAACUGUCCAAGAAAUUUGAGCCUGUUGAUGUUUGAUCCUGAUGGAGACAUAGUGAAAUGCAGAAAUGGAGAUGCAUCACUCUCAGAGUGUAGUCCCUGCACACCACCGUCUGUUCUCAGCCUUUCACCAUCCUCUUGUACUCUGUCAUUCAGCCCCACGAACAGCAGUGAUGAAGGUUCGUAUGCGGUACAGCUGAUGAUAGAGGACUUUCCCAGACAGAACAUAACGUUGACUCAAACCAACGGGACACAAACAAUAAUAACAACCAACGACGCUAUCAGCAAAAUGCCAGUUCAGUUUGUCGUGAGAGUGGAUCCUGCAGUGUCAUCGUGCACAGAGGGACUCUUUCUACCGAUGUUCCUGCCUCCAACCCCAGCCCACAGAACCCAGCUCUACACCUACGUCAAUCAGACUCUGGCUAUCAGCAUCAAGGCACAGACAAUUAACUCCACGUAAGUAGAUCUCUAAAUAAUUAAACAGAAACUGCAGUCAUACGGACUGCCUGAUGACGUCAGUGUGCGCCUCAUAAGCAGUGUGCCACAGAUUGGCGUAACUGCAGCGUCCUCUAAUUCUACAACAUGA